AUGGAACAUUCGCGGUCCUACGGUCGCAAGGGCGUCCAGCUGGGCAACAUCCUCGGCGACCCCUUUGCCCUGGCCACCAUCUCCAUCUCUCUCCUUGCGUGGUUCAUCACCUUCAUCUCCUGCAUCGUUUCGCAAAUACAAGCCACCCCCGACGACAAGUUUCCCACUUUUGCCUGGUGGGCCGUCGUUUACAGUCUAUUCCUCAUCAUCGGAGUCUUUGUCGUUGUCGCGAGCGACGCUGUUCACACCUACCAUGUCGCCGUGACUGGUUAUCUUUCCGGCGGUAUGGUUCUGGUCACAUCCUCCGUCAAUUCGCUCGUCUACUCCAAGAGCGGCGCCAGGGAGGCUGCUGCCGCAGGCUUCAUCCUUCUGUCCAUGGUGGUGAUCGUCUGGAUCUUCUACUUUGGCUCGACGCCAUCAUCAACACCACGCGCAUUCCUCGACUCCUUUGCUCUUGCCAAGGAGUCUAGUACCAGCCACGGCCAGGCCAUGAACGGCUACGGUGGCACCGGCCGCCCCGAAACCUCCAACUCCGUCCAGCCGCCCCAAAUGUACACCUCGGCGCAGCUGAACGGAUUCGAGAACCCGUCGCCCGUUGGCGGCGCCUCCCAGGCGAACGGCGGGCGCACCUCCGCCAUUCCAUCCGCCUUCGGCAACACGAGCUUGCCUCAGUCGCAGCCGACGACCAAGCCCGAUGCCGAAGUCGUUCCCCCGACGGAGUACCCCUACAGAGCAAAGGCAAUCUACAGCUACGAAGCCAACCCCGACGACGCCAACGAGAUCUCAUUCUCGAAGCACGAGAUCCUCGAGGUCUCGGACGUCAGCGGACGGUGGUGGCAGGCGCGGAAAGAAAGCGGCGAGACCGGAAUUGCGCCCAGCAACUACCUCAUCCUGUUAUGA